UGGUAAAUUGGAGGGCAGAAAAUAUAUUUUUCCCCAUUUUAUUCCAAUUCAAUUAUUCAAUUUGUAUCCAGUAUCUAGAAAAUAUAUUACCAGAGGAAGGCUACAAAAGCAGGUAAAUUGGUUAUGUACAAAUUUGUAUCCCAACGUGCAUAUACGAGCUUGAGGACCAACACCACCAGAAAUGCUCUACUGAUCGACGCAAAUCAACAUUUGAGCCAUCUCUCAAAACUGGGCCAAAUUGAUGAAGCACGGAAACUGUUCGACGAAAUGCCUGAGCGGGAUGAGUUUACAUGGAACACGAUAAUAGCUGCGUACGCAAAUGCAGGAAAACCUGCAGAAGCUCGGCAACUGUUUGAAAAAACUCCCAAGAGAACCGCAAUCACUUGGUCAUCCCUUGUUUCCGGGUACUGCAAGAUUGGCUGCGAAGUCGAAAGCUUCCAGUUGUUUUACGAAAUGCAGUACGAGGGUUACAGACCUAGUCAGUUCACAUUAGGAAGCGUACUCAGGCUUUGUUCGAUAAAGGGUCUUCUCUCAAGAGCCGAACAAAUUCACGGCUUCGCUGUAAAGACUCAUUUCGACACUGAUGUUUUUGUAGUCACGGGUCUUAUCGAUGUGUAUGCAAAAUGUUCGCGCAUUAUUGAAGCUGAAUCUCUCUUCGAUAAAAUAUCCGAUGGGAAAAACCAUGUCACUUGGACUGCAAUGAUUAACGGGUAUUCGUUAAACGGCGAUUUUGUGAGAGCAAUUCAGUGCUUUAAGGGAAUGAGGGAAAACGGGAGCGAGGCUAAUCAGUACACUUUUCCAGGUGUAUUGUCCGCUUGUACGGCUCUUUCAAAUCUUGGAUUCGGAGCGCAAGUGCAUGGUUGUAUUGUUAAUGGUGGUUUUAGUGCUAACGUUUUCGUUCAAAGUUCAUUGGUCGAUAUGUACACAAAGUGCGGUGAUUUGAGUAGUGCUUGGAGAGUAAUUGAGUCAAUGGAGGUCAAUGAUGUCAUUUCUUGGAACGCAAUGAUUGUUGGUUGUGUGAGACAAGGUUUUUCCGACAAAGCAUUAUCUCUAUUUCGAGAAAUGCACUCGAAAGAUAUGAAACUCGAUGAAUUUACGUACCCCUCUGUCUUAAACGCACUAGCUUCGAAAAAUGAUGCCAAAAACGGUUAUAGUCUCCACUCGUUGGUCAUUAAAUCCGGAUUCGGAAGCUAUACACUUGUGAGCAACGCUCUUAUUGAUAUGUACGCGAAACAGAACAACUUAGACUCCGCGUAUAAACUGUUCGAUUUCUUAGUGGAGAAGGAUUUAAUCUCGUGGACAUCUCUCAUCACUGGCUAUGCUCAUAACGGGUCCCACGAAGAAGCUCUUAAGCUUUUUUGUGAAAUGAGGGUAAACGGUACCCACCCGGAUCAGGUAGUUGCCUCCAGUGUUUUGAGUUCUUGUGCUGAGCUGGCUUGUCUAGAUUUAGGACAACAAAUUCACGGAAUUGCCAUUAAGUCCGGACAUGAUUCGUCUUUAUCUGUUGAUAACUCUCUCCUCUCGUUAUACGCACAUUGUGGUUACUUAGAAUACGCAGAUAGAGUAUUCAACUUUAUGAAAGUACGAAACGUGAUUUCUUGGACAGCUUUAAUUAUCGGGUAUGCCCAAAAUGGCAAAGGCGUAAAUUCCCUUCAAUUAUACGACCAAAUGAUAGCUUCCGGAGUAAAACCAGACUACGUAACUUUCAUCGGAUUGCUAUUCGCUUGCAGCCAUGCAGGACUCACCGAGCAAGGCCAGUCCUUCUUCGAGUCCAUGUCAACAAAUUACGGAAUUACCCCUGGCCCAGAUCAUUAUGCAUGCAUGGUCGAUCUAUUAGGCCGGUCGGGUAAAUUUCAAGAAGCAGAGGAUUUGCUAGGUAAAAUGCCUGUGGUCCCCGAUGCAACUGUGUGGAAAUCACUUCUUGCUGCGUGUAGACUACACGGGAAUGUUGAGCUGGCAAAACGAGCAUCUACAGCAUUGAUUGAAUUGGAUCCACAAGAUUCCGUUUCAUACGUAAUGCUAUCGAAUACGUAUUCUGCAGUUGGGAAAUGGAAAGAAGCUGCCCAUGUGAGACGAAAAAUGAAAUCGAAGGGUGUGAGGAAAGAACCGGGGUGUAGCUGGAUGGAGGUGAAUGGCAGAGUGCAUGUGUUCAUGUCUGAAGAUAGGGGACAUCCUAGUACGAACGAAAUUUUCUUGAAAAUCGAGGAAAUUAUUACGAGGAUUAAAGAAGUGGGGUACGUUCCGGAUGUGAGUUUUGCUCUGCAUGAUAUUAAUGAAGAGGGUAAGGUGGAUGGGCUUUCUUAUCACAGUGAGAAGUUGGCUGUGGCUUUCGGGUUGAUUUGUUUGCCUUUGGGUCGGCCGAUUAGGGUUUAUAAGAAUAUUCGUGUUUGUGGCGAUUGUCAUACUGCGAUGAAGUUUGUGUCGGCGGUUUACGGGAGGCGUAUUGUUUUGAGGGAUUCGAAUUGUUUUCAUCAUUUUAGGGAUGGGGUUUGUUCUUGCUUGGAUUAUUGGUAGCCGGUAGGUGAAUUUCGGAUUUUUAUUCGGAAUUUUCAGAUUUUUUUUCGGAAGUACAAAAUGACAUAAGCAAAGGCAGCAUAGGAAAAAUUAAAUGUUGUAGCUCUUACAACAAAUGAAAUCGUAGUUUAUGUACGAAUCUCUCUUACCCAUGAAUGUAUGUUCGUUAAUUGAUGUAACGAAAUUCAUCAACAAACAAAGAUCCGACACGGUAGGAAAAAUUACAAGAAGUAACCUUUAUAAGAAAACUCGAUUUCUACGGUGAACAAAAGAAACAUACAAAAAAUAA